AUGUUCCAUCGAUCGAUCGCAAUAAGUGAAAAUCAAAUGGUGGAUGAUGGAUGUGAAAAUCAGAUGGUGGAUGAAAAUCAGAUGGUGGAUGCCUGGAGACGUGCGCCCCGGCAUGGAAUAGAUGGGAAACCCAUAUACUCUGCUUGCAAACCUUUCAAAUUUCUUGAAGAUGUCUUUGGACGGCGACUAAGGUCAGAUGACAACCAUCAAGCAGUUUUACUUCAAAGGACGGUGAUCAAAAUGCUAUGGAAUGGUGGCACUACCGACAUAUCAAGCAGUAUUAAGAGAGCCAGUUUCGAGUUGUUAGUGUGUGGGCGAUCUCCGGAAGAAACGCACUGUGGUGUGAUUCCCAUGAGUACCGGCGGUGAUAUUUCUUCAUGA